AUGACGGACAAGCUCCCCCCUCCGCUCCUCGCGCUUUUCCAGCCCCGGCCGCCCCUGCGUUAUGUGACGCCGCUCGACCGGGCGCCGGACGAUGUCAAGAAAAGUACAAUAGGCGGCAUCGCCGACUUUCUUCCCGAGAUCAAGAAAUACGAAGAGGAGAUCCCAUACAAUGCCACCGACAGCUGGAUCCAACGCAAGUGGCGAGAGAAGGUCGAGAAAAAAGAGCGGUUGAACAAACAGUUGACGGAAGGUCUUGAAAACUUUGACCCCUCGAAGGACCCGCAAGCACGAGGCGACCCGUUCAAGACCCUGUUUGUCGCACGGCUCAGUUACGAUGUGAAGGAAUCCGAUCUGGAGAGAGAAUUCGGCCGCUUUGGGCCUAUUGAACGGAUCCGCAUCGUCAAGGAUAAUGUGACGCCGAAGGGCUCCAAGAAGCCGCACCGUGGAUAUGCGUUCAUUGUUUACGAGCGCGAAAAGGACAUGAAAGCUGCCUACAAAGAAACGGAUGGGAUUCGCAUCAAGGACCGCCGGGUCCUCGUGGAUGUGGAACGUGGGCGUACUGUGAAAGGCUGGAAGCCUCGUCGUUUCGGCGGCGGACUUGGUGGUCGUGGAUAUACCAAAGCGCUCCCUUCUCGCCCGAUCGGCCCAGGCUCGUUUGGCGCUCCUUCGGGCCCUGGAGGAUUUGGUGGUGGAUUCCGUGGAGGCUAUGGCGGACGAGGAGGAUUCAAGGGAGGUUUUCGCGACCGCGGGUUCGGUCCCCGUGGAGGUGUUGGAUACCAGGGUGGCCGCAAUGGAUUCGGUGGACAGGCUCCACCAAACGCACCUUCGGGCCCUGGCGGCGGACGCAGUGGUGGAUAUGGUGGUGGACGCUACGACCGUGACCGGGGCGCAACCGGCAGCAACCGCGAGCCUAUUCGACCCAGAGACGGAUUUGGCGACCGUGACCGACGGGAUUAUGACCGGGAGCGUGACGGGGACCGCCAUCGGGACCGAGACCGGGACAGCUACCGUUACCGGGACCGCGACCGCGAGCGCGGCCAUGACAGGUACGGAGGCCGUGAGGACUAUGGACGGAAGAGAUACCACGAAGACGACUCCUAUGAUGAUCCUCGCGCCAAGAGACGGUACUGA